CUAACUCACAUUCGCCACACACGCUUCGUGGUGAUCAGACGUGGUCAUUCUAAUAGCACUAUGAAAAUUCUGGUUGCCUUCCUCGGGCUGGCUGCCCUGGCGGUGGCCACGCCAACCGUCUCGCCGAGCAAAGUCGUGUGCUACUACGAUAGCAAGAGCUAUGUCCGCGAAUCACAAGCUCGCAUGCUGCCUCUGGACUUGGACCCAGCGCUAUCGUUCUGCACCCACUUGGUCUACGGCUAUGCUGGUAUACAACCCGACACUUACAAAAUGGUGUCGCUCAACGAGAACCUCGAUAUUGAUCGCAACCAUGCCAACUACAGAACUCUCACCAACUUCAAAACCAAAUACCCCGGUCUCAAAGUUCUCCUGUCCGUUGGUGGAGAUGCCGACACAGAAGAAGAACAGAAAUACAACUUGCUGUUGGAGUCCCCAACAGCCCGUACAGCUUUCGUCAACUCUGGAGUACUUCUAGCUGAACAACAUGGCUUCGAUGGAAUCGAUUUGGCUUGGCAGUUCGCGAGGAUCAAACCGAAAAAGAUCCGCUCCACUUGGGGAUCGAUCUGGCAUGGUAUCAAGAAGACUUUCGGUACCACUCUCGUUGAUGAAAAGGAGGCUGAACACAGAGAAGGAUUCACGGCACUGGUCAGAGAAAUGAAAGCGGCUCUCAACCUCAAGCCAAACAUGCAAUUGUCUGUCACCGUCCUCCCUAACGUCAACGCUAGCAUUUACUACGACGUGCCAGCUAUCAUCAAUUUGGUAGACAUUGUGAACUUGAACGCUUUCGACUAUUACACACCGUCGAGAAACCCUAAAGAGGCUGAUUAUACCGCACCUAUCUACAAGCCCCAGAACCGCAAUGAACUCCUCAACGUGGAUUCUGCUGUGUCUUACUGGCUCACUAGUGGUACUCCUAGUAAUAAAAUAGUUAUAGGUGUCGCCACCUACGGCCGUACAUGGAAAAUGGACGGUGAUAGCGAAAUAUCCGGAGUUCCCCCAAUCCAUGUCGAUGGACCUGGCGAAGCAGGACCCUACACUAAGACAGAGGGUUUGUUGAGCUACCCUGAAAUCUGCGCAAAGCUGAUCAACCCUAACCAUCAAAAGGGUAUGCGUCCUCAUUUAAGGAAGGUCACCGACCCCAGCAAGCGUUUCGGAACAUACGCUUUCCGUCUUCCCGACGACAACAGUGAGGGAGGUUUGUGGGUCAGCUAUGAGGAUCCUGAUACAGCUGGACAAAAGGCAACUUAUGCCAAGUCCAAGAACCUUGGAGGAGUUUCCAUCGUCGACCUCAGCAUGGACGAUUUCCGUGGUCUCUGCUCGGGCGACAAGUACCCCAUUCUUCGUGCAGCCAAAUACCGCCUUUAAAAAAAUAUAGAAAAUAAAUAUAU